AUGGUGCGAACUCUUCCCAAGUGCAAUCCGCCACUUCACGACAAUAGAAUGCAUUUAAGAAGAGUCGCAAAAACCAAGCCAGGCUCAAAGAGGGUAGCCCCAGCCCCUUUUAGCGUACGAAAAAAGGAUACAGGAAAGGUUGUUAAGAACCCUUUGAUUGAAAAGCGACCGAGAAAUUUUGGAAUUGGUCAGGAUAUUCAGCCAAAGCGUGACUUAACUCGCUUUGUAAAAUGGCCCGAAUAUGUACGCCUCCAGAGACAGCGUAAAAUUCUCAAUCGGCGUCUCAAAGUUCCUCCUGCUAUUAACCAAUUUACACGUGCAUUGGAUAAGAAUACGGCCGGGCAAGUGUUCACUCUCCUCCACAAAUACCGCCCAGAAACCAAAGUCGAAAAGAGAAAUCGUCUUCGCGCAGCUGCGGCAGCUAAAGCUGAAGGCAAGAAGCCUGUCGCGCCUGCAAAACCUUAUGUCGUCAAAUUCGGUAUCAAUCACGUUACUGCUUUGAUUGAGGCUAAGAAGGCGCAGUUAGUCUUGAUUGCUCAUGAUGUGGAUCCUAUUGAGAUCGUCCUGUGGCUUCCAGCUCUUUGUCGCAAGAUGGGUGUACCUUAUGCAAUUGUCAAAGGAAAGAGUCGCUUGGGAACUGUCAUUCACAAGAAGACUGCGACUGCAUUGGCCAUUGUUGACAUCAGAGAUGAAGAUAAGAACUUGCUGUCAAAUCUGAUUACUUCUAUUAAGAUUAAUUACAAUGAAAAGUUCGAGGAAAGUCGUAAGCUGUGGGGCGGUGGUGUUAUGGGUGCUAAGUCUCAAGCUAUGAUGGCUAAGCGAGCAAAGGCAGCCGGCAAAGAUAGCAAGAAGUUUGAAAUUUGA